UAACAUCUCGAGUAUAGCAGGCGAGAUGGCAGACCGAGCUCCAUCUGCUGCCAGGGAGGCUGUCCUGAAGCACAGCUGUGAGCUUCCUGAGGACAUGCUGAGAAUCCGAGGCUAUGACUUCAACCAGGGCGUUGAUCUGAAGGCGGUGCUGAAGUCCUACCUCACCACAGGCUUUCAGGCCAGCAGUUUGGGCUUGGCCAUCCAGGAGAUCAACCGCAUGAUAGAGAAGCGUCUUGAGCCGGUGGAGGUAUGUGAAGAAAAUGAGUCUAUAGAGUCUGGGGAAUCCUCCCGAGCAUCAGGCUGCACCAUCUUCCUGGGCUAUACCUCCAACCUCAUCAGCUCUGGAGUCAGAGAGAGCAUCCGCUACCUGGCAGAGCACAGAAUGGUGGAUGUGAUUGUGACCACUGCUGGAGGCAUCGAGGAGGAUUUGAUCAAAUGUUUGGCUCCCACCUACUUGGGAGACUUUAGUUUGGCUGGGAAAGAGCUCCGGCUGAAAGGCAUCAACAGAAUAGGGAAUCUGCUGGUGCCCAACGAUAACUACUGUAAGUUUGAAGACUGGCUGAUGCCCAUUCUGGACCAGAUGUUGUUGGAGCAGAACACAGAGGGCAUCCGAUGGACUCCAUCUAAAAUGAUCCAUCGACUUGGCAAAGAGAUAAAUAACACCGACUCAGUCUACUACUGGGCCUACAAGAAUAACAUCCCUGUGUUCAGUCCUGCGCUCACUGACGGCUCUCUGGGCGACAUGAUCUACUUCCACUCGUUCAAGAACCCCGGCUUGGUUUUGGACAUUGUUGAAGAUAUUCGAAGGAUGAAUGGCACGGCAAUCUUUGCCAAGAGGACAGGAAUGAUCAUCCUGGGAGGAGGACUAGUUAAGCAUCAUAUAGCCAACGCUAAUCUUAUGAGGAACGGAGCUGAAUACUCGGUGUACGUGAACACGGGCCAGGAGUUCGACGGUUCUGACUCCGGGGCCCGACCCGAUGAGGCAAUAUCCUGGGGUAAAAUCCGGACGGAUGCCAAACCUGUAAAAGUGUAUGCAGACGCCUCUUUAGUUUUCCCUCUGAUUGUAGCCGAGACCUUCGCUCUGCACGCCGACAAGCUGACCGCCGGACAGAAAACUGAUUAAUUUACCGCUGCCUUACCUUACAUGUUUACGUACAAACAGCAACUGCCUGUUUUCUUUCAUUUUUUUUCUUCUCACUGGAAACGCGUCCAAAACCCAGAACCUCUGUUGUGAGUCAGUUUUAAAAUGCAUGUACAGAAAGAAUCUGAAUAUUUAUUUGAAUGGAAUGCUAAUUGUGAUAAUAACUUGUUCUUACAAGUCAACAUUUUCCUUUGUUUUUAUGACGGCUGGCAGAGUGUGUUAUGCUGUUACCUGUACCAAAGAGACAGCCUAGAAUGCAACAUGUUUUAGCUGCAGGGUGUGUGUCGAAGCAGAAAACUGCACACAAAUAAGUUAGCUUAGCAGAGUGCUGUGACAUGAAGCAGACCUGUGUUCAGUCCCUGUCCCUGCAUGGAAGACAUCCCUACAUAGUUUAAGAAGUUAUGAGGAAGUGACUCUCUUCCUGGUUUAAAUAAAUUUGAGUGCACCUAUAAACACUGUAAUGACUG